GGCAACCAAUAUAGCCAAUACCAUUGAAGCAAAAUGUCUUACAUGUUCAGAGCCAACGAUUAUAGCCAAUGCCGUUGGAGAUGCUCUUAAAGAGAUACAUCACACACACAGGGAUCCAAAUAGUUGUAUCUAUCUCUCUCCGACACGCCCAUUUUCUUCGCGAGUUGAAUUUUUGUUGGACUAUUCUGGUUGUGAAGGACAGUACUAAAUGAAUACUAUAUGUUGACAAAUAGUUGGUAGUUGUUGAAGAGUAUCUGUGACAGCGGAAACAAAAUGGAUUCAGCCAGGGGUUGGCUUCAGAAGCUUCAGCCACGAGAUCGGGGAAAGUCUUCAGCCAAGAAGAAGGGAUCUGAGGUAUCUGACGAUGAUGAGACCAAAGAAACAAAACCACUUACAGAUGAAGAGGCGUCGAAUGUUACAAAACAAAGGGUUGCAGCUGCAAAGCAAUAUAUUGAGAAUCAUUAUAAGGAACAGAUGAAGAAUUUGCACGAGAGGAAGGAACGACGUACUUUACUGGAGCAGAAGUUGGCUGAUGCUGAUGUCUCGGAGGAAGACCAAAAUAACCUAUUAAAGUUCUUAGAGAAGAAGGAAACUGAAUAUAUGCGUCUUCAGAGACACAAAAUGGGAGCUGACGACUUUGAAUUACUCACAAUGAUCGGAAAGGGCGCUUUUGGUGAGGUUCGAGUCUGUAGGGAAAAGGCAACAGGUCACGUCUAUGCAAUGAAAAAGCUUAAGAAAUCUGAAAUGCUUCGUCGGGGCCAGGUCGAGCAUUGUAAAGCUGAAAGGAAUCUGCUAGCAGAGGUGGACAGCAAUUGCAUUGUGAAACUUUAUUGCUCUUUCCAAGAUAGUGAUUAUCUAUACCUUAUCAUGGAAUAUUUGCCUGGCGGAGAUAUGAUGACACUACUUAUGAGAAAGGAUACCUUGACUGAAGAAGAAGCCAGAUUUUACAUUGGUGAAACAGUUUUGGCCAUUGAGUCAAUUCACAGACAUAAUUAUAUUCAUAGAGAUAUUAAGCCUGACAACUUGCUACUUGAUAAACAUGGUCAUCUGAGAUUAUCAGAUUUUGGACUUUGUAAACCUCUAGAUUGCAGUACUAUAGAAGAGAAGGACCUAUCUUCAGCAGAUAGUCCAACUGGCAGCUCAAAAAAUAAUGUACGGUCUCCACCUCCAAAACGAACACAAAAGGAGCAACUACAACACUGGCAGAAAAAUAGGCGAACUCUUGCAUAUUCAACUGUUGGUACACCAGAUUAUAUUGCUCCUGAAGUUCUUCUGAAGAAAGGAUACUCGCUAGAAUGUGAUUGGUGGUCACUUGGUGCUAUUAUGUUUGAAAUGCUCGUGGGUUACCCACCUUUCUAUUCUGACGAUCCUAUGACAACUUGUAGAAAGAUAGUCAACUGGAAAACACACCUGAAAUUUCCUGAAGAAGCACAAUUGUCUUCAGAAGCAAAAGACCUUAUCAGCAAACUACUUUGUAAUGUAAAUCAAAGGCUGGGUUCGAAAGGUGCAGAUGAAAUUAAGGUACAUUCUUGGUUCAAAGGUGUUGAUUGGGAUAGGUUAUAUGAUAUAGAAGCUGCUUUCAUUCCUGAGGUCACUGAUGAAUUGGAUACCCAGAACUUUGAAAAGUUUGAUGAGUCUGAACACCAAGCCGAGGCUUCAGCAAGAUCUGGUCCGUGGAGAAAGAUGCUUUCGUCGAAGGAUGUUAACUUUGUAGGUUACACUUACAAGAACUUCGAGAUCAUUAAUGACUAUCAAGUUCCUGGAAUGGCCGAGUUGAAGAAAAAAAACACCAAACCAAAAAGACCGACUAUCAAAUCACUCUUUGAGGACGAGUCUGAAACAUCCGAUACAAGUGAAGAACGCAAACCUCAAGGAGGAAGCUUUCUGAAUCUCUUGCCACCUGAAUUAGAAGUCUCUGACAAGCAGAGUAGCAAGUCUGCCUAACCCGCUGAUCUAUGUCUAACAAUCAACGUCUGAUGGCCAGGUAUCCCGGCCCCAUUAUUGAAGUGGAAAUUUCAGCUUCUGGCAUUGAUUUAUUAUGGUGCAAGGUAUCAUAGGGAGUCGAGACAUGUUUGUAGUUUAGUGUCAUAUAUUCCAAGAUUGGUGCUGCAUCAUGAAGCUCAAGAUCAGCAGCACCAUUUUCCUCACGAAAAUCUCCAUACUUCGUCUCCUUGCGUUGGCCAAACUCCAUAGAUAGGUGGAAACUUGGGAGGCAACCCCACUAACUUAUUUCUUACUUAUAAAAAUGCCUGGUAGAUGAUGGAAAAUGCCAUUUAUAGAGUCUAAGUCAUGCCUUGUCCGGCACUUAUGCAAGAGAACGUUGUAAAAUUCUUUACUUGGCAAAACUAAUUAUAAGUAUAAUUUAUAAUAGUAAUGACAUUCUUGAUUCAUCUCUCUGUCUCGAG